CUGCUUGAAAACCUACAUUCUCAUACAAGCCACAAUCAACUCUCUCUCUCUCUCUCUCUCUCCCCAAGCAUCUGCAGCUCAAAAAUCUCUCCCAACUCUGUUCCUACAGUCUGGUCGCUGCUUGUUAUAACUUGAUGUGCUUUUCUAGUGAUUUUAUGAAGUUGUAGGAGCCCUCUGUCAAUAAUCUUGUCACCUUCCUUUUAUUAACUUAGUUUUCUUUCUCUGAAUCUUUUUAGGGCUCCUAAAAUUCCAAAGUUAUCUACUUCUUUGCAAGCAAAGAUGGGAGAGAUGUCAAGCUUCCAAUUGGGUGUUAUUGGCGCCCUGUUUCUUUCAGUUGCAUCAUCUGUCUCUAUUGUCAUUUGCAACAAAGCUUUGAUGAGCAAUCUUGGCUUCCCUUUUGCUACAACACUCACUAGCUGGCAUCUCAUGGUAACAUUUUGCACCCUUCAUGCGGCGCAACGCUUCAAUCUGUUUGAGAAUAAAUCCAUUGACAUGAAGACUGUGAUGCUCUUUGGCAUCCUCAAUGGUGUUUCUAUUGGAUUUCUCAACUUGAGUCUUGGAUUUAACUCCAUUGGAUUCUACCAGAUGACCAAACUUGCAAUCAUACCAUUCACUGUAUUGCUGGAAACUAUCUUCCUAAAAAAGCAAUUCAGCCAGAAGAUAAAGCUGUCCCUCUUCCUUUUACUUGUUGGAGUUGGCAUUGCCUCUGUAACUGAUCUCCAACUCAAUUUUGUUGGGACAAUCCUUUCUCUCCUUGCCAUCGCAACAACCUGUGUUGGGCAAAUUCUGACAAACACCAUACAGAAGAGGCUCAAUGUCUCUUCAACCCAGCUGCUGUACCAGUCAGCCCCAUUUCAAGCAGCUAUUCUUUUUGUCUCAGGCCCUUUGGUUGAUCAGUUCCUCACCAAGCAAAAUGUGUUUGCUUUCAAAUAUUCCCCUAUAGUCUUGGCAUUUAUCAUCCUCUCGUGCAUUAUUUCUGUAUCUGUCAACUUUAGCACAUUUCUGGUGAUUGGCAAAACAUCCCCAGUCACAUAUCAAGUUCUUGGCCACCUCAAGACUUGCCUGAUUCUUACCUUUGGCUAUACAUUGCUGCAUGACCCUUUUACAAGCAGGAACAUCAUUGGAAUCUUGAUAGCCAUUUUUGGGAUGGGGUUGUAUUCAUAUUUUUGCACCCAAGAGAACAAAAAGAAACAAGCUGAUCCACUGGGGCCUCAGAUGAAAGAAAAAGAUGCAACACCAUUUCCGGCUCUAGAGAAACAAGGCCAUGAAGUUAAAAAUUCAGAUAAGGAUUCCCUUGUCUAAAGCAAAACAGGAUUUUGUAUUUCAAGGUGUCGUUUCAAAAACAUUUUGUAUCAUUCAUUUCCAAUUCAUCUAUCUCCCUCUUCACAUUUCAUAGUAAAACUUGACAUAUUUCUAAGCGUAUUAUUUAAAAAAAAAAAAAAGGUAAAGUAGAAAAAUUGAAGAAAUAUAUAUUGAAAUUAAGAAAUUAUAGUUUUUGCGAUUAUAGUUUCAAUGUAA